GAAAGAAAGACAGAAAAGUUUCCAAGCAAGAAAGGAAAAUAUGGAAUUGAUGAUGGUGAAGAAUAAACAAAACCCAGGAAGACAACGAAUGUGCAUAACAGAAGGCGAGGCACAAGCAACUCGUUGCGUAAAAAGAAGACGCAGAGAUGCAGUUGACAAUCAAAUUCUGCAGCAACAAACUGAUCAAACUUCUGCUACUGCUGCUGCUACUGUGAAAAGAAGUUCAAGGUUCCGGGGUGUCAGCAGACAUCGAUGGACAGGGAGAUAUGAAGCACACUUGUGGGAUAAGCUCUCAUGGAAUGUAACGCAGAAGAAGAAAGGAAAACAAGUUUACCUUGGAGCUUAUGAUGAAGAAGAAUCUGCAGCAAGAGCAUAUGAUUUAGCUGCAUUAAAAUAUUGGGGGACAUCAACAUUUACUAAUUUUCCGAUAUCAGAUUAUGAGAAAGAGAUUGAGAUAAUGCAAACCGUAACAAAAGAGGAAUAUUUGGCAUCUUUGAGGAGAAAAAGCAGUGGGUUUUCAAGAGGAGUAUCCAAGUACAGAGGAGUUGCAAGACACCAUCACAAUGGGAGAUGGGAAGCAAGGAUUGGAAGAGUUUUUGGAAACAAAUACCUUUACCUUGGAACCUAUAGCACACAAGAGGAGGCGGCUCGCGCCUAUGACAUAGCAGCAAUUGAGUACAGAGGGAUCAAUGCAGUAACCAAUUUCGACCUGAGUACUUAUAUCAGAUGGUUAAAGCCAGGAGUAGCUGCAAAUGAACCGGAGACGAUUCUAGAGCCAUCAAUGUUUCCAUCGACUGAUAACUACAUUCCAAUAGAAGAAAAUAAGCCCUCAUUCUUCAACAUUACUCAGUUCAGUUCAGAUUGCCUAAACUCCCCCAAAAGACCAGAAGUUUUCCAGAAUAAAAUCUCCAGUAGCCCUUACCAGAAGACAUCGUCGCCUACUGCACUUAGUCUCCUCCUCCGAUCUUCGAUAUUUAGGGAAUUAGUUGAGAAGAAUUCCAAUGUGUCUGGCGAUGAAAAUGAUGGGGAAGAGGGGAAGAACCAACCGCAGAUAGGUGGCGAUGAUGAAUUCAGCGGGAUCUUUUAUGAAGGAAUUGGUGAAAUUCCCACAUUUGCUUACUCUUCCGACAAAGAUGGACUAGAUUUGCAAGAAAGAGAACUUCAAUUUGUUUUAUAAUCAGAAAAGAAUGUGUUUUCAUGGUACAGCAAAGUGUAAAUUCCUCAUUUUGUCAAUUAGAUUAUAAAUGGGUUUGAAUA